GGAGAAAGAGAGAGAGAGAGAGAGAGAGAAAGACGAAUUUUCGGCAUUGAACUGUUUUCGUUGCUGAUGCGUACGAGCACUUGACUCAGCGGCAAAGCCCCGUCUUAUUCGAAUUACAAACAAACAAAAUUAUUAUUUACUAAAAUCCAAUGCCCGUUGGCAGGGGCCAAAGCAUUUCGUGAAAGUGGAGUGCAAUACACCGGGUUUUAUCCAUGAGUGCUUUGAUAAGCUCAGCCUCGGACGAGGUAAUACCGUUGGACGACAGCACGGAAGAUAACAAUGAUAGCGUCUAUAACCUAUCGACUUUGGAUACAACAAAAGUUCAUUUCGACGGGACUUUACCUCCUGGAGUGGCCCCCGAUGGUUUUGUGAUUCUGAACGAGGUCGGUGAUCAGGAGCAAUUAUCGACGAGUAACGAUUACAGUAAAGAUCCGCAACCCAUUUUCAAAAUUUUCUUUAGAGAUGCUUCGGCUUUUCAAAAUUACAGCGAACAAAUUGAACGAUUCUUAAAAGAGCUAAUAUUACCCAAAAAUAUCAAUAGGAAUGUUAAGUCCACGACCGAGGAUUUGAUUCUUCAGAUAUUCGAUUCCAACGAUAAUGUGAAACACUCUUCCUAUAAUGUAUCACCAAAAUAUUCAUCGAAAGAGAAACAAUCAAAUAAUUCUUUAUUUACCAUAGAUACUAAUCCUAAAUCUCGAGAUGAUCUUGACAUUCCUAUGUAUAGAAAGAAGUUUAAUAAAACUCUUCAAAAAUCUCAAGACGAAGUCAACGAAAUAAAAGAAGAUUGCGGACCAAAAAGAACAUGCUUCAAUUGUUUAGGUAAUCACAACUUACGCGACUGCGAAGAGCCCCGUAAUUACGUAGCCAUAAAUAAAAAUCGAAAAUCUUAUAAUGCCAAACGAGGACCCCUAAAUGUCAGAUAUCAUUUAGACGAGAAUCAAAGGUUUGAACAUUUUAUCCCUGGUCAAAUAAGCCUAAAUUUACGUAAAGCUUUAGGUGUAAAGGAGAAUGAACUUCCAAGGCAUAUUUAUAGAAUGAGGACACUAGGCUAUCCUCCAGGUUGGCUAGAAGAAGCUCGAUUGCAACACUCCGGAUUAGCUUUAUUUAAUUCAGAGGGUUGUGCGGAGGCUGAAUCGGACGAAGAAGGUGAAAUUAUUUGCCCGGGUGAUAAAGACAAAUAUGAUAUUAAGAAAAUUAUUGACUUUCCUGGAUUUAAUGUCAUAGCUCCGUAUGGAACGAGAGAGGAAUGUAAGCAAUACUGGGGAUCGUCGAUGCAAGAACGAUACAGUAAAGCCGCCAUGUUAUCUUAUUUAAGUAAUAAAAAGGUUGAUGAUGGUUACGUGCGAAAAAAAUUGCCAAACCCUGCUAAUUUAAAAGUACGAACGGAUAUGAAUCCAGGCGAAAUGGAUAUUGACGAAAUUACUGAGACUUCAGUAGAAAAUGUACCUGUUAAAGAUUUAUUUAUACCUCCAUUGCCUAAAAAUGAUAUUAUAGAAGUACCUCCGCCGCCACCACCAAUACCAAUAGCAGGAGCAGAAGAUUCAGACUGUCAACCAUGUGAAAAUAUUUCAAUGGAUUUGAAUGACGAAAGGCUAGAUCCACCGGUAAGAACUUCUUCGCCAUCUUUGGUUGAUCUAGAGAAUGCAAAGAAUCAGCUCCUUGCUGAAUUAGACGGAUCUCAAUCUAAUAUCAACGACGUGGUAAAAGAAGUAAAUCAACCAGAAUCUUUAGAGGCUUCGGCAUCUAACACAAAUUUAUCAAAUACUCAGCUAUCUGAAAUGGAGUCAUCCAAGAGCGAAGAAUUUGAUUCAAAUAAAAUAGAAGAUGUAAAUAACGUUACUCCUAAAAGUAGCUCCAGAACACCAUCUACAUCUGGUCACCAAUCAAUUUUAGCAAUACAUCUAGGUACUCCCAUAUUAAAAAGUACUUCGCCUUACCGAAGAUUACCAAAUUCUGAAAAUUUUUCCAAAUCUAUAAGCGAAGUUAUCAAUUUCGAAAACUUGCCAGACUCUACCGGUAAAUACGAUCAAAUGUCAGAAUUGUUACAAAAAGUACGAACUACAAUAUCAGAAUUACAUAAAGAGCAAUGAGAAAGUAUAUAUGUACAUAUA